GCGGCCGCCGCCUCCCGGCCCGGCGCUGCGGCGGAGAGCGGGAUUGGUGGUCCCGCCGUCCCCGGCCGCGGCCGCGCGCUCCGCCCGGCGCUGCGUCCCCACUAUGGCGGCGCCCAUGCCGCCCACCGCGUCCCGGGCGCCCGCCGGGGCCCCCCGCGGCUGCCGCCGCCGCCGCCUCCGCCUUCCCGCCCGCGUCCGGCCGGGCGCCGCCGCUCCGCUGCCGUCCUCUCCGCUGCGGUCAUGUAGCAAAUUGUAAAUCAUGUGAAGAUGGGACUCCUGGUGUUCGUGCGCAACCUGCUGCUAGCCCUCUGCCUCUUUCUGGUCCUGGGAUUUCUGUAUUAUUCUGCAUGGAAGCUGCAUUUGCUCCAGUGGGAGGACUCCAAUUCAGUGGUUCUAUCCUUUGACUCCGCUGGACACACUCUAGGCUCAGAGUACGAUCGGCUGGGCUUCCUCCUGAAGCUGGACUCGAAACUUUCUAAGAAGCUGGAGGGUGAAACUAGUACAUCUGAGGAAUGGAUAGACCAAAUCAUGCAGAGCUGUGGUGACAAUAGUAAUCGUGAGGGCGGAAGAUGCCACUGGAGUGUGUUAAGCAGGCCCGCGGAGUUGGCCACCAAGUACGCAAACUUCUCGGAGGGAGCGUGCAAGCCUGGCUACGCUUCAGCCUUGAUGACUGCCAUCUUCCCCCGGUUCUCCAAGCCAGCACCCAUGUUCCUGGAUGACUCUUUCCGCAAGUGGGCUAGGAUCCGAGAAUUUGUGCCGCCUUUUGGGAUCAAAGGCCAAGAUAAUCUCAUCAAAGCCAUCUUGUCAGUCACCAAAGAGUACCGCCUGACCCCUGCCUUGGACAGCCUCAGCUGCCGCCGCUGCAUCAUCGUAGGCAACGGAGGUGUCCUUGCCAACAAGUCUCUGGGGUCACGAAUUGAUGACUAUGACAUUGUGGUCAGACUGAACUCGGCACCGGUGAAGGGCUUCGAGAAGGACGUGGGCAGCAAGACUACCCUGCGCAUCACCUACCCCGAGGGCGCCAUGCAGCGGCCUGAGCAGUACGAACGCGAUUCUCUCUUUGUGCUCGCCGGCUUCAAGUGGCAGGACUUCAAGUGGUUGAAGUACAUCGUCUACAAGGAGAGAGUGAGUGCGUCGGACGGCUUCUGGAAAUCCGUGGCCACCCGAGUGCCCAAGGAGCCCCCCGAGAUUCGUAUCCUCAACCCGUACUUCAUCCAGGAAGCUGCCUUCAGCCUCAUCGGACUGCCCUUCAACAACGGCCUCAUGGGCCGCGGGAACAUCCCGACGCUGGGCAGCGUGGCCGUGACCAUGGCCCUGCACGGCUGUGACGAAGUGGCGGUCGCAGGCUUUGGCUACGACAUGAACACACCCAACGCACCCCUGCACUACUAUGAGACGGUGCGCAUGUCAGCCAUCAAAGAGUCCUGGACACACAACAUCGAGCGGGAGAAAGAGUUCCUGCGGAAAUUGGUGAAAGCGCGUGUCAUCACUGACCUGACCAGUGGCAUCUGAGAUGGGCCCAGCACAUGGCACGGAGGUCCCAGCGCCACCACCAGCAGGCAGCAGCCGCUGCCACCUGCCCACUUCACUGGCCUCGGUCCGGCCCCGCCCGAGAGGCGCCGGAGUGCUGAGACCCGGAGAAGGACAGUGCCAAGCGGCCCCAGGGGUGGCGAAGCCUCGGUAGGGCAGCCAGAGCUGUGUCCGCUCAGAGGCCAGCGCUCGGCCUCGCCCUCGGCCCGGAUCCCUGAAGCCAGAGCGCCAGGAGGCCGCUGGCCGUUCCCCACGGGCCCAGCAUGCCGGAGGUGGACGGGAGGCAGCGAGGCGGCUGCCGGAAUUACUUCUCCAAUCAGUGUUCGGUGUAUUAUCAUUUUUGUGAAUUUGGGUGGGGGGGGUAGGGAUAAUUUAUUUUUAAAUAAGGUUGGAGAUGUCGAGCACGGCCCACGUGCCAUGCAGAAGGAGGCCUGGAAGAGGGCCCGUCCGGCGGGGGGUGCCAGUGGGCUCCCUGCGGAGUGGCAGUGCCAUGACGAACCCGUACUCCGCUCCGGAGCUGCAGGGAGGUGGGCAGCAGCUCGUGCCAGCCCCCUCCAGCUCACGGCACCGCUUGGCCUUCCCUGGGGAGAAGAUGGGCUACUCCCACCUCACCAGCUGCCCACUGUCCCGCUGGGAAACCCCGGAGCCAUCCUUUAUAAGCCAACAAGACAGCCCCUGGGCUGGAGCAGAGGGAACUCGGAGCUCAGGAGGCGAGGCCGGGCCCAGCCCAGAGGGAAUGGCCGCUCGCCAGCUGCUACUGAUCCGUAGGGGACAGUGGCCCAGGCCUGGACUGGCCAGCGUGGUGGCUCUUCUGGGUUUUCAGCGAGACUGCCAGGUCCUUGGGUUCUGCCUUGAGCCUGGACCAGAGGGAAGUGAGGCUUACGGACCUUACCCAGGCCGCGGCAGCCGUCCUGGGCAGCCACCAUGGAAGCAAUAAAGCUCUUCCCUGAA